AUGGCUGAAUUCAACAUAAGCAAAAAACACACUGACCAUCAGGAAAUCCACGACACAUUCAUGGCAACAAAAUUUGAGCGUACGAGUGAUGACUCAAUGAAGAGCAGUGGCAGUGUAAGUGAUGAAGCUGACAACGAAGAAAUAAAACCAACGACGUUAGAUGACCACGAAUCUAUAGAACCAAUAAUAACAAUAGAUUCUGUCAUUAAGACGUUGAACGCAUUUGAAGAUACAAUCAAUGCACUUAAAGACCCACAUAACGAUACUUCAACACUUUCACCAUUUAACCAAAACAUGGUUUAUAUAACAGCGUCUUUGAUAUCGUGUUAUUUACCCGAAUAUGAGUCUAUGGCUGACAAAAUUGACGAAGCGAACAGAACAAUAACACUCAAGUAUGUUGUGGAACACACAAGGGGCUUUGACCUUUUUGAUUCAGUAUUCCAGGAAUACUUCACAAUACAAUACGCUCUCUCGAUUGCCACAGUCUGGCUUUUUUGCUACGAAAUGGAACUUAAUGACAUACCCCCUUAUAAGACAACACAAAGUAUAAUAGCUGAGACUAAUAGAAUCAUUAGUGCUGCAAAGGUGAAGAGCAAGGAUGACGAGAUUCUAAUGGAUAUAUUUUGUGAACUCGGUGAUAUAAUAGGAACUCACUUUUCGUUUGUUAAAGACUGUGAGUAUGAGUUUUGGCCACUUUGA